CGCUGCUGUCUGUCACUAAGCUAGCUAACGUUAUCCUGCUAAAGCUGCUCUGAAUCAGCUCCAGCUUUUGUCAACAACAUGCAUUUAAAUGUAAACUACGGCAGUCUACCGCUUAAUCUCUCCUCCUUAGCUUCUUCUAAAGCUUGUUAACAACAUUCACCAUGGGAUCGUUUAACGAGCCGAGCUAGCAGACCGUUUUAUUCCGUCGUUUAACAGCCAGAUAGCUGAGAAGAAGGAGUUGUUGUUAGCUUAGCUUAAAGCUAGCUCUGGUUCUGGUGAAUAUGGCGAUCGUGUCUGGCUCCUGUGCCCGGGUCAACGGCUCUAGAAACGGGCCAUCAGUGUCAGCUACACCGUCUGGUUCUGUUGGACAGUCUCAGCCCAUGAUAGCGGUGUGGGAAUGGCAGGAUGAUCUGGGCUACUGGCGGCCUUACAGCGGCCAGGUGAGCGGCCACAUAGAGCGGUGUUUGUUGUUGUCACCGCGGGGCCAGAGAGGAGGAGGAGGACCAGGAGGACCAGGAGGACCAGCCGGCUCUACCAGCAUCUGCCUCGGACAAUCAGACCCCAGCCUGGCGCCUUAUCUCAUCGACAUACCGAGCCUGAAGCAGUUCAGACAGGACACAGGAAAGACGCGGUCAGUACGUCGGUCCCUGUUUGCUCAGUCCUCAGGCCUGGGCAGCGGUGUUUACUGGGAGUGGAUCAACGAUGAAGGAGGAUGGACUCCGUACGAGACUCGAACCUCUAUCCUUUUGGAGCACAGCUAUCAGGCCCGCCAAGGCACGGCAGACUUGGGCCCGCACGGAUACAAUUACAUAGUGGAUCUCACGUCUCUGGCUCAAGUCAACAAAGCGACGGGCUUCAGACGGCAGGUCCGACGGCAGUGUAACCUCCCGUACCCGCUGGCGUCCGCCGGCCCCCCGGCCAUCCCCUCGGGCCCUGCCUGCUCCUGCCAGCAGUGUUUGAGCAACAGCAGCACAGGACCCAUGCCCAGCCGUUCACGACAUUCCUUUUCAUCAGGCAAUCUGAACCGCCCCAGUCUUCAAGCGACAGGAAGGGCUGUAGCGGCUCACCCCACUUCUGUCUACUCGCCGUACCCCAGGAGACCCCUCUCUGUGGGGGGAAUGUCCUGGGGCAGCCCCUGGCCUCCUCCUCCGCCUUCUGGUAGUCAACUGUCUGCACCGCUUCUGACCAGCUCUGCCAGUGCCAAUGGGUUAAGUGUUCCUUCCAUCUCUGUGCAGCUGAAUGGAUCCACCAGUGUGAGCUCUGCCCUGGCAGGCAUGGCCUCCAUUUUGAUGUCAGCAGUUGGACUCGGCGUGCACUUCACCACUGCCCCCCUCCCUCAGCAGCAGCUACAGCAGCAGCAGCAGCAGCUACAACAGCAGCAGCAGCAGCAGCAGCAGCAGCAGCAGCAACCUGCUCCUUUCUCGCUUCCUCCUCCUCUCCUCCCCCCAGCCAGCAGGCCCAGCAAGCCCCACAGCAGCAGCAGCAGCAGCAGCAGUUCAGUUAGGAGAGCAAAGAGGCAGCACAGGAGAGCCUCCGCUCAGAGACCUGAGGAGGUGAUUCAGCGCUACAUGGAGGUAGUCGCCGGAGUACAGGAUGAGGACUGCAUUAUCUGCAUGGAUCAACUGUCCAACGCAUCCGGCUACGAGACCCAGUCCACAGAGGAGGGAGGCCAGAGCAUCCUGCCAGACGUUGUGGGGAAAUUCAUCAAAUGUGGACACACCCUGCACAUGCUCUGCAUGCUGGCCAUGUACAACAACGGAACAAAGGACGGCAGUCUGCAGUGCCCCUCGUGUAAGACAAUCUACGGAGAGAAGACCGGCACCCAGCCCAAAGGCAAGAUGGAAAUUUACAGCAUCGCCCAGUCGCUGCCAGGCCACCCAGACUGUGGCACCAUCCACAUCAUCUACAGCAUACCUCCUGGCUUACAGGGCCCGGAGCAUCCCAACCCAGGACAGCCGUACACCUGUAGAGGCUUCCCUCGCUUCUGUUUUCUACCGGACAACGACAAGGGCAGGAAGGUGCUAGAGCUGCUGAAGGUGGCGUGGAUGCGACGCCUCAUCUUCACCGUGGGAACGUCCAGCACCACCGGAGAGCCCGACACGGUGGUGUGGAACGGCAUCCACCACAAAACCGAGAUGAUGUCCAACUUGUCGGGCCACGGCUACCCCGACCCCAACUAUCUGGACAAUGUUCUGUCGGAGUUGGCCUCUACGGGCGUGACAGAGGACUGCUUCAAACCUCCAGGAAUCGGCGGAGGCGGCGGCGUUGGCGGUAGCAGCUAGGUCACAGCUCUGAGCUUCACACACUUCCACUCACUGAUUAAAACCCACCUCUGUGGCCAGGUGGACCUUCUGCAACCUCUCUCUGUUCUUAAGUUAAUCCAGCAUCUGCCCAAACCUCAUUGAGUGAGCGAACGGGGGAGAAGUGAGCUGAACAAAAGGUCUCUGGAAGAAACGCGACGUGGCUGUACGCUCCACUACAUUCCUGCUCAUCACAUAUUCCUGGAGACUGAAGUUCAGCGUGUGAGACUCCUCACACUCCGAGCCUCUUUUCAAACCUCCACAAACUGGAGAUUGUGUUUUUACUUUGUUUGUUUUUUUGUGUUUCCAUAAAGAGCCUCAUCUGUAUCCCCCUUGUCCAGUUGCCAUGAAAAUGGCAGCUCACAUUGGGGAUAGAAAUCUCUCUCAUUAAGCACUUUAGUUCUGACAGUGCAUUUAGCUAACGUGUGAUUUCCCGGUAAAGGGCAGUGAACUUUGUUUUGAAAUUGGGAAGUUAUGCAAUUAAAAGUGUUUCUGCUGAAAAACCCUUUGUGUUAAGCACAAAGACAAAAUGAAACUUCUAGUAGCAAAGUGAGUAUAUAUUAGCCUAUUUGAUGAGAAGAGGAGAAACUGAUGUAAAUUUGAAAAAAAAAACAUGAAUGAAACAAAAAAAUACUGUAAAAAUGCCAGUCAAGGAGAAUAAAGUUGUGUAUUUUUGAACGUUUUAACACUACUUCUGAUUUGACCAUCUGUUGUGAUAUUUUACUCCCUAACCUAAUUUGAUAAGCAGAUGUCUAAUGCACUCACACGGUGAUUCUUCAUGUUUUGAUUGCAGUAACUGUGCCCGCGGGCAUUCUUCUGCAGGCAUUGUUUUCGUCACUUAGUAUGUUUCAGUUUGUGUGAAGGGACAAGGUUACGCCGUAUAUAGCUUGACGACCUCAAACCUUUUGUCCAAACAGAUGGGAAGGACCGCUGAGAUUAAAAAAAAUAAAGAAAAAAAAUUAAAAAUGCUCCGGCUAAGAAAAUUCUACAGAGUGACAAUCAAGGUCAUCGAACUCGUCUUGAUUAAACAAGACACGUGAAGCCGCGGCGAGCAUGUUAAUGUUCCCGCCGGCUGCAAACUCACCUCCUGUAUUCACAUGCAUUAUUGUGCUCACAGUACUGCAGUACAGAUGCUGAACUGAGUCUUGACAUGUAUACAAGCAAAACUGAAAACAAAAGUCUCUGCAAUAAAGAAAUAAGGCAAAAUGAA